AUGGGGCCGUACGGGGAGAAACUCUUCUUGGGGAGGAGCACCUCGGUCACGGGCACUGUGGCCGUUCAAGCGUGGGUUGGCGAGAAGCAGUACUACAAUUACGUCUCCAAUACCUGCGCGACGGGGAAGGUUUGCUCACACUACACGCAGGUGGUCUGGAAUGUCUCGAUAAACCUCGGCUGUGCGCGUGUUACGUGCAACAGCGGUUCCGUCAUCGUCAUCUGUAACUACGAUCCUCCAGGUAACUUCCCCGGCGUGAGGCCCUACUAG